UUCAUUAAGGCCUGCAUGCUUGUAAGAAAAAGGCAGGGAAGUGGCAAUAAAAGGAAAAUUUAUAAUGAAAAGUGCAUGAUAAAUAUUAAUUUAUUCAUACAUGUUUUAGACCUUUCCAAUGCCGAGCAUGGAUACCACUUGUGAAAUGACAAGCUUUACACCGGAUUACAAAGGGCGAACUACCAACCACACCUCAAGUACAGCCAGUACAAUGUAUACCACCGCUGCCGGUACGAGGAAUGACACCACCUCUACGAGAAACGUUACCGUGAACGGAACUAACAACGCCGCAUCAACACGUAACGAUGAAUACAGUUCGAAACUGAUUGUCGGGUCCGUAAUCGGUGUUGGUAUGGCAGUUGUUCUCAUAAUUAUUUUAGUGAAAACAUUUGGUGGCAAUAAUGAUCCUCCACCCAAUAAACCAGAUACCUAUUACAUUUCUCACUACCCGGAAGGUGAUAAUUUUGUGAAAGAAUUAAAGAAGUUCGUUAAGUGGCUGGAUGAGAAUGGGUUUAAUGUUCAAAUGUUGACAGAUGAAGAGGACUUGUUGAGUGCUGAAAAUAAAUGCUUAAGACGAGAACUUAUGUCGUUCAGGUUUCGCGAACAUAUGAUAAGGACCUCAGAUAAAGUAUUCGUCAUCCUUUCGCCGUUGUAUAUAAGACUUUGUGAGAUGAGGGAGGACGAUGUUCUGAAUGAAAACCUUACCGAAGAAGAGAAAAUGGUGAAAAGAGAGAUUGCCCAAAUCAGGUGUGAACUGAAUGAAACUAUCUUUCGCACCGAUCGAUUCAUUCCAAUUCGUUUUCGCUUGGGCGAAAUGGCCAGCAUUCCUUUUUGGAUAAAGGACUUUGAACUGUUUUCCUGGCCCGAGGAAAAAACAACUACGAGGCUUUUGAAUAAGUUGAAUGGCUUGCCUGAAUAUCACCUUUCAGUUUCCCAGAAUUAGUUACAGCAGGUAUGUUGUGUCAAGCAAGGGUGAUGCGCACGGCUUUUCAGCAUCUAAACUUACCUCGAUGUAAAACCGCGUAUUCAGUAGGCAUCUUUUCCUUUCUCGGAUGGUAAAAGCACAGUUUUUGAUAAGUACAUACAUAUGGUCAUAUAAAAUAUGUUUUGAACAACACUAUAUUUGUAGACAAGGAUCGUCCGCGGCGCAAAUAUUCCACCACAUCAUGCGUCUACUGCAUAACCACGCUAUGUCUAUGGAUAUAGUAUUCAAUGCAUUUGGAGAAUAAAGUUUGUAAUAUUUAUCCCGGGUUCUGUAAAUUUAGCACUUAUAACGCUGCUGUAAAUAUUAAAAUGUAAUUAAACCUUGUAUUCUACUGGACGGAGUUUUGUGAGUUUUUCUCUGUUUA